GCUGGCGCCGCCAUAUUAGUUUGUUGUGUAUUGCUGGGCUACCAGGACGCCACGCAACUGUUUCGCAGUUUUAUAUUAUUUUUGUAGGUGGACCAUUGCAUUGGAUUAAUCAGUAGCAUUUAAAAUGCCGGCAAGAGCAGAAGACAUUAUGAAAGGUUUUAAACUUAACUGGAUGAAUCUUCGAGACGCAGACAAUGGAAAGAUAUUGUGGCAGUCAAAUGAAGAUCUGUCUGUUCCAGAGACUGAACAUGAAGCCCGCGUUCCCAAGAAAAUAUUAAAAUGUCGAGCUGUGUCCAGGGAAAUCAACUUUUCGUCCAAAGAAGCCAUGGACAAAUUCCGCUUGGAGCAAAAGGUUUUGUUCAAGGGAAAGUGUCUUGAAGAAUGGUACUUUGAGUUUGGCUUUGUCAUACCUGGUUCCACCAACACAUGGCAGUCUGUCAUAGAGGCUGCUCCUGAAAAUCAGAUGAUGCCAGCCAAUGUUCUAAAUGGCAAUGUUAUGAUUGAAACAUGUUUCUAUGAUGGAGAUUUAUUGGUGAGCACCUCUAAAGUCAGAGUCUUCUAUGUGUGAUUUUCAAUGUGUUCAAGACGGGUAACCAUCAUUCCGCAGUCUUCAUCAACAACUGUCAUUGUUUUUGUGCACAUCGCUAUUUGUGGAGAAUGUACACAACUGAGGAACACAAAGCACCAGUAGGUAAUGCAUGUUAUUGGCAAGCCCUCAAAUACUGUGAGAUUUGAUCAACCAAGACUUGAGUGCUGCUGAAAAAUCAUGCAGGAAAACCUAAUGAGCCAUGGUGCUGGAUUUGACUUUUCCAGCUCAACAUUUGAAAACCUUGUUCCUACAGGUGUGUGUCAGCUGAGAUAGCCCUUCUAAAUGUGCUUGCAUUGCAUUGAGACUAAAUUGUUCGAAUUCUAUAUCCUAAAGGUGCAGAUUUAUGCAGGGUUAUCACUGCAAUGAUAUAGCAUUUGUUAGCCCUUCAUUUUGCUGUAGAAAUUUUAUUUCAACAUUCUGACUUGAAGAAAGGAAGCCAGGUUUGAUAGAUCAUUUCUUUUGUAUGUUUAACUUGUAGGUAUCUGUGAAUAGUAUAUGAUUACAGGCUGUGAAAUCAUUCUUUUAGGGCAAUGUUUGAAGGUCAGAUCAUUUGCUUUAUAUGUUUAAUUUGUAGGUAUCCAUAAACAGCAUAUGAUUACCGUUCGUUCAAUAGAACAUGCGUGCUACCAUUAUUAUGUGACAAGGCAUAUGACACACCAUUAUCAUAUUACAAGAUAUGUGACAUACCAGUUUUAUGUGUAAUGUGACAUCACAGCAACUCACAAUAUGCUAAAUGCUGUGACACAGACACAACAAAUAAAAUGAUUCCCAGGUUAGUGCAGAUUGAUUCGUUGUAUCAUGACAAGUACUUGACAGAAUCAUAGUAUGAGAGGCUAUUCAUUUGGCAGUAAAUGUACCCUGACAUUGUCAUAUUACAGAUAGCAUAGAUGCAUCAGGUUGCAGGAUAAAUGCAGAAUAGAUCAAACAGGUGACAAAGGAUGUAUACUAACAUUAUGACAAGGACUAGUAGACAGGCAGUAUAUGUUUCUCAGAAUUAUUACCUGUCCUAGUAAACUGUCAUUUUCUGAUGUGACAUUUUAUACACUCAUGACUUAUGCAAAGACCUGGCAAAAGUGAAAUAAGAAGAAAGAAUUAAAUCUUGCAACUUUGUGAUCUACUGCCUGUCAUUUAUUUGCAUACUAACACAGGAGAGCAUAUCAUACGUGUAUUUCACACAUCACAUACACUUAUCACAUACAUAGAGUGCUUUAUGCAUGUUUUGAAACGAUCAUUAGGUCAAGCAGUCAAAUCAGGGCAUGAAAGAUCACAGCACAAGAAGAUUUUUUCAUAAGGUUCUUGUCUAUCAUAUGGACAGAUGAUUUAUUUCUUGUAAACAUCAGUCUUGCACUUGUGAAAGGGAUCAGAAAAUGACUGACAAGGUUCUUCUAGGAAAGCUACAACUUACAGUUUCACCAUCAUUGGCAAGCAGAGAGUGCCCAAGCAUGCAAACACAGUGUUUCUAUGGCACUGGGGCAUAGUUAGCAUCCAGCCAGAAGGCAGCAUACCAACACAGUUUCUAGAGAACUGGAGUGAUAAGCAUGAAAAUACAACUCACACUAUUUUUACAGCACUGGAGUGUAGAUAGAGAAUGUCCAGCAUGCAAACAGUCUCUACAGUGCUGGUGUGUAGAGCAUGCAAAUACACCUCACAGUGUCAACAGCACUUGGGGGGUAGAUAGUCAAUAUCCUGCAUGCUAACACAGUUUCUACAGUUUUUGCAGUGUAGAUACUGAGCAUCCAGCCAGAGAGCAGCGUGCAAAUAUGUCUGUUUCUCAUUUGAGUGCAAAAAAGGAUGUCAAGUACUAUAUCUUCUGUAACAAUAACAUGACUUCUGUAUGAGAAAACUCUUUCUUGUGUGAUUUGUGUUGUGUACUAAUGGAUUCUUCAGUAAAGGACUAGCUAUUUC